AUGCACCAGAAGAAUGAACGCCACGAUGAGUCCGUCAAAGUCCUACGUCUGCCAAGACUGGCUGUAUGGGUUCACGACUAUAAGAGUUUUACUUCAACACGUACGGUGUCAACACUGGUGUUUGCAGCUCUCAACAGGGAUAUCACUGAAGGGUCUAUCAGCACAAACUUGCCCAUUCAAAAGGACAACGACAAGAUCAUCAAAAAGAUUUCUGUAGUAGCCUGCGAUGUCGACCUAGAGUUCAUCGAAGGUAUAUUGACAAUAGGCGAAGUUACCAACGGCGCUCCAUUGGUUGCAAUCAACACUUUAGCCGACAGCGAGAUCACAGCGCCUGAGUCCGGCUCAGGUGAGACGAGAUGGAAUCCGAUAGAACACCCAAAGAACACGUUGAACGAACUCGUCCUUUGCUCACGUGUCAAUGAGAGCAACGACCAGUGGAACAUGACAUACAUCGAGAACUUCAUCGAAGCGUUCAUCAGUGUGUCCAUCCUAGGAGACAGCAACAACUUCAACAACGGGGAUGUCAGAACCUUGGCUUCCUAUUCCUACGUUUUGAAGUUGCAAUCCCCUAGAUGCAAGCUUCUAAUGGUCUCACCAAUGAUAAUCUUGAUCAACGGAGCAAUUCUGCUCAUCAUGAUCCUCCACCUUCACCACAAGCUGCGCAUACCCGUCCUGCGACUCGCAACCCCAAUUGAAAUACUAAAAAGCGCCCAAACCGACCAUCUAAGCUGCCAAGCUGCGAACGACAUGCUCAAACCAACCCAGCCUUCUCAGCUUGAGAAGAUCAAAGUGCGAUUUGACGUCAACAACAGUGGACUAUGGGGUCUGUCAUGUCUUGACGAUGAUACAGGUCUCCUGGGAGAUAGUGAGCUGCUUAAAGGGAGAUCCUUGCCAGGUUCGACUGUUACACUCGAGUACCAAUGCUUCCAGCGUUGA